GGUGGCACGGGAGGUACGCGGUGGUGCGUGUCGAAAGCAACGUGCGGCAUGCAGGGAAGUUGUGGAAUUGAUUCCACCUAACGCUGAAAUACAUUCCCAUAUUUGAGAAGCUGGCCCCACAUUGCAGCACAUCAAGCCCUCUCAUUUGAGCCCAUGGACUCCAGAAGCCAGCCGGACUCAGCUACCUCAGGCUCCACCCAGGUGGCGGCGGCGGCGCCCGGACCACCACCGCCGGCUGCACGCGGCCGCGCCACCGGGGGCGCCAGGCGGGAGACCCGGCGCGGCACUCGCCGCUCCCCCCGGUCGGCUGGCGGUCAGAGCGUGUUCGGUCUCCAUGGCAGCGAUGGGGACGGCUCGUUGGCGCAGCACACCACCGCCGGCUCGGUGCCGCCCACCAAUCUAGGAUGCAGUGGUUCCAGUGGAUGUGACACGCCCGCGGUUGCAACGGGAAUUAGUCAGCCGUCGGCCUCCCAGGCUGAAGGGUCGAGCAGUCGGCCACAGACAGACAGCGCCUCUGGUGGCGGGGAAGUAGAAGGCGGUCGUCCGUCGUCCCCGCCAGAUGCCGCCGGAUCAGCGGCGAGCAAUGUUGUGCAGUCACCAGCAGGGGGAUCGGCGCCGUCAGCGUCCGAGGCUUCGCCGCAGCACGACUGCGGGAUCUGCCUGGAGAAGUGCCUGCACCCAGUCAAGCUGCCUUGCGGCCACGUCUUCUGCUUCCUCUGCGUCAAGGGAGCAGCCAAAGUGUCACAACGGUGUGCUUACUGCCGCGCCGAGGUGUCGGACCGCUACCUCAACAACCCUCGCCUGCUGGACGAGAGCGAGCUGGAGCGGAGCCUAGACACCAGCAGUCAGCAGCAUCACUGGCUGUACCGGGGGCGCAACGGCUGGUGGCGGUAUGACGAGCGGACCAGCCAGGAGAUCGAGGCCGCGUUCGUCGCGCAGCAGACGUCGCUGCAGGUCCAGGUGGCCGGCGAGCUCUACACCAUCGACCUGACGUCGAUGACCCAGCACAACGACCAGUGUCACGGCCGGCGGCGCCGCAUUCGUCGCGACGCGCCGGACGCCGCCGCCACGCGCUGCAAGGGCGUGGCCGGACUCAGGAAGCGAGCGCGUCGGCAGUGACGUCAGAGUGCCGCAGCCAGUCAGCGGCGGCCGUAUGGGCGAACGGGAGCCCACCUGCGCGGGAGGCUCGCGGUGACGUGGAGGAACAGAAGACAGUCGGUGGUGGCUUACCGAAAGGCUUAGCUCGUGAUGACCUAAUGUCGUGCUGCUAGUCGGAAAUGCGCUUGUAGAAGGCAGCGAACGUAGUAUUGUUGCCUCGUCGAAGGUAACGAUUUCUUAUAGAAGCCAGGUCGGCUUAAAGGGUCGGUGACGAUGAUUGCGGUCUGCAUGACUGAGACCAAAACCGAAACGGAAAGGAUGUAAAAAGCGGGAUUGUCAACCUUCAUGAAGCGAGGGCCGGGCCUCACCUUCACGGACUCUGCUGGUCGGCCUGUGCGGUACGCAGUGCCCCGAUUCCUGCGCGUAGCCUAGGUCCGUGUGACCACUGCUACGCUGAUUGAUGCUGCUCUUCAGCUCUUUGACACUUAUGCAGCUAACAUAACUAUCGUGUUCGCUGGUCGUAACGUAGCCGGAAUGUGAUCACUCUAGUUCGCCAUGGGCAUACGAGGCACGGCAUCGACUGGCGGCACGUUCGUGACUAGAGAAGUCGCAGUAUUGUUUGUCACAAAUCACGGCGUCGUCUACGCUUCCUCAAGUGUUACGCUAGACAGUAGCAGCAUAGUGGGACAGGAAACUCCCCAGAUGCCAUUGCUAUCAUUGGCGUGCGUAAAGCGUGGUCACUUGCCUCUGUUGCGCGUAUUGUUGAGGUGUUCGGCGUUUUCAGCACUUCUGUGUGUAUGUAUUAAGAGCCUCGCAUAAAACACCGCCCGCUGGGCCACGCA